AUGAAUAUUAAAAAUAUUAUAACUAUCUUGUUUAUUUCAAUGUUGAUUGGAUCUGUGCUCUGUGAAGGGAAGAACGUAUCAGAUUGUGAACAAAAUGGUUGUGAAAACAUACCAAUCUCUUGUGACGACAAUGACCAAUGUACAAACGAUGCCUGUAACUCUGCAAGUGGCUGCACUCAUUCGCCAGUGUCUUGUGAUGAUAAUAAUCAAUGUACAAAUGACGGAUUUUCACGUGAUGAUGGUAAUGAGUGUACCUCUGAUAGCUGCAACAUCAAACAUGGCUGUGUUAAUUCACCAUUGAAUUGCAACGAUGGAAAUGAAUGUACCUAUGACAGUUGCGGCAAUGGCACUGGUUGCAUUAGUUCGCCAAUCUCCUGCGAUGACAACGAUCAAUGUACAAACGAUGGCUGUAACUCUGCAAGUGACUGUACACACUCACCAGUGUCAUGUCAAUCUUAG